AUGGCCCCGCUUGGAAUCGCCGAGCUGUCGCUUUGUGGACUUAUCUCCCGGCUGAAGGAGGCAAGGAGGGUCCAAGAAGCCUGCCAAACCUUUCUGGGCAGCAAAAGUCGAAGCAGCAUUUUUGAUCAGGUGGAGCAUGUGAAAGGCAUCAAGAGCCCCGAUGAUGAGCAGGCAUUUGGCUGGUGGUGUCGGCUCACUGCCGCAAUCCUCUCCACCGAGACGGAUGCUAAGAAGGCUCUGUUCGAGCAGCUGCAGGCUGUGAGGACAGAUGGUGUGGCAUCUUUCGAGAAGAAGGUGGCCAAGGAGUUCUUACAGGGGCAACUGAAGUCAAUUGAUGACAGCACCAAAGGUGCGGAGGCGAAAAGAAGCAAGCUCCAAGACCUGCUGACUGGCCUUGAGGCAGCAGCAACGAGAGACGAUCCGGCGCACGUUCGCCGAGCAAGGCAGGACGUGACGAAGGCGGAGAAAGCGUUUGAGGACAUCCGCAAAGACUACGAGCGAUGGGAGAAGGGGAAGAAGAUGCUCACCGUGGACGAGAUUAAAGUUCUCAAGCGCUCGUUCGAAGACAGCAAGGCGAAGGUGGAGAAAGUGAGGGCCGUCGUGGAAGAGCAGCAGCUCCGCAGAGCAGAAGCGGCCGUGGCACCGGUCGUCGACGAGAAAGAGAGGGGGGCAGCUGCCCUUGCCGCGGAGGCACGAGCUUCUCGAGCCCGUGCUGUGGCAAGCAAGGCACCUGCAAGACCAACGAAUCCGAGCGUUAGUUCAAAGGCCUCUCCUGCUGGAGGAUACCCUCCAAAGGCAGUAGCCGUUGCACCUGCAGCAUUGCGACAAGCGCAGGUCGCUGCCCAGGUGAGGACCGAGGCAGCUGAAGCGCAACAAAGCCUGGCCCCGGCACCAGCCCCUCGGCCCAGACCAGCUCCACGACCCCAAGCAGAGGAUGCGCCGGUGCUGUCCUAUGCAUGCACAUUGACAGCAGUUGCUCAACAUCUCGGGGUCACGGAGGCUCAAGCAAAAGAGCUUGCCGAGUCGGCUCGGGAAUUUGCCCGUCACUUUGAUGCCGAGACUUGGGAAGCCAUCCAGGAGCGAUCCUUGGCCAUAGAGAAGGCCAAUCAGGAGAAACAGCGCGAGGCCGAGAGGCGGAAGAAGGAGAAGGCCUUGGCCAAGGUGACCCAAGUUCAGAGCAGCGCGGCAGCUGGGGGGGCUGGCGCGGUGGCCGCAAAGGCUACAGCCAAGGCUGUCCCCCAGGCCGUGGUUGGGCGACCCGACUCUGUGCCGAACGCAAAGCCCAAGGCCAAGCCUAAGGCCACGGCCAAGGUGCCUCCACGUCAAGACGGACUAAAGAGCCUGGCUGGUGCCAACAAAUUUGGCGGUCUGGAGUCUGAUGACGAGGAAGAAGGUUGGGCAAAAGUGAGGAGGUGA